UUCGGCAGUCAUUUUGAUGUAACAGAAAUUGGUCUGCACAUGUCGUAAUUUUACUGCUUUGGCAUAUAAAUACUGUAUUGAUUGAGAAAUACUAGGAUAAACUGUUCAAUUCUGCUACUUGAAAAUCUGAUUUCGACAUAUAGCCGCUUUCCGCAAGUAUCAAUGAACCCGUAUCAAUAACUCGGGGCCGAGUUGUCCAUGGGUCCGAGUUGUCUGGUCCCCAAAUAGAGUGAGACACCAUGGCAUUGUGUGGUAGGAUCUGGAUUUCUGCCACUUUUAGAAACAAAAUUUAAUAGUUGUACGACAUAGAUCUAUAGUUUGGCUUAAAUUAGAGAUUCGGUCUGUGAAUAACUUUUAUACCAAUUCAAAGUUAUCGGCCCUUACAACGGAAGUGUCAUGGCCGCGCACGCUUUGCACUUCGACAAAAUUUGUCAACAUGCGUGAUGUUUUGUCAUCUACACGUCAACAUAGUUACUUCAAGAUGAAGCGAGUAAAAGAUGAACAGAUUCAGUCAUCGGUCAAUCACUAUUUAAAGAGAAGACAGUUUAUGGACCUUGAUAUUCAUUCCAAAAAUGUGAAAAUGGUUCAAAAUAUUUCCGAGAUGACCUUGAGGUCCCAGACGAAUGCCACGAACAUAGAGAACAUGUUGUCAUACAGCAGUAUCUCGGGUGAUGCAACUGCCUGUGACCAGCAGUUCACAAGACUGAAGAAUUUCAUCAGCGACGCCGUUGAGCCGUACAGCAGACAUCUACAAAGUCUUCUGUACCCAGUGUUUGUCCACGUGUAUCUCGAGAUGCUUUGUAAUGGGCACCGCACUCCUGCUCACAAGUUCCACGACCGCCACAUCGCUCUGUUUAAAGACGACGACGACCACCGAAUGAUCAUCAAACUGCUGAAACGUCUCGACUCCAAGACGGACGUGCUCUCGUGUAAAGACGUCUCAGAUUUCAGAGAUCACCGGUUCCCGGUAUUCCUGAGUGACGGCGCUAUGGCCUACUUAAUGAGACAUCUCCAGAACAAGGAUAACCAAAUAAUGCUGCAGAUUUUUAACCAGCACUUGAAGGUUGAUGUUCGCACGGAGACCAGUGUGGAUGUUGAACUCAAGAGUCACGCGAAGCAGGGGGAGGUUCUUACUGUGGAGGAACCCCCCAAACCCAGCACACCAUCCCCCGGUUUGAGUGAGGUGAGCCUCCCUGUGCUGCAGCAGUGCAUCAAGAAGAUCAGGGAGGGUCCGCCGUGUCUGGCGUCUAUUUGUUUCUACACAUUCAUCAACGCGUAUCAGGGACUGUGCAGUGCGUCUAUCUCCCCGGACAAUGGCCUGCUGAGCGCCGCAUUCGAAGACUCGAGUAUCAUGCUGUGGAGUUUGCUUCCCGGUCACCUCCAGACGGAACCGAGCGAUGGCGACUCUCGCCGCUUACGUCUUGCCGUUGACGACAUUUUGCAGGAGGAUGCCAGUUGGCCAGAGAGCCAGCGUCAGGAGAACGAGACAGUCACAUUGAGAUCUCACAACGGGUCUGUGUACAAGACGUGUUUCACCCCGGACUCCCAGUUCAUGCUGUCCUGUUCAGAAGAUACCACAGUGCGACUGUGGAAAAUGAACACACACACAAACGUGGUCUGUUAUCGAGGGCACAGCUACCCAGUGUGGGACGUUGAUGCCAGUUUGACCGGUGGCUACUUUGCGAGCUGUUCUCAGGACAGAACAGCCAAGAUGUGGUGUACAGACAGGAUUUACCCUUUACGAUCGUUUGUCGGACACACAUACGAUGUUGAUUGUGUGAAAUUCCACCCGAAUGGUAACUACAUUGCCACAGGUUCUGGUGACAAGACGGUCCGACUCUGGUCGACGCAGGAAGGGAAGUCAGUGAGGUUAUUACAGGGUCACCGCGGGUCGGUACUGACAGUGGCGUUCUCACCCGACGGACAGCUGCUGGCUUCAGCAGGUGAAGACAGGAGAGUUCGAGUGUGGGACUUGUCAUCAGGGAACAUGAUCAAGGAGUUACGAGGUCACACGGACACGAUCUAUGCGCUCAGUUUCAGCAGUGACAGUUCCGUGCUUGCGUCUGGGGGCCUUGACUCGUGUAUCUGGCUGUGGGACGUUCGCAGAGGGGGCGCAUCAAACACGGCCUCGAGUGAUGGUUCGACUUCUCGUGAACUUCUUGGUGCCUACCCGACGAAGUCAGCCUCUGUUGUCCAUCUUCAGUUCAGUAAACAAAACAUCCUCAGAGCAACGGGUACCAUUUCCUGACGAAAGUGGGAUCGGCAAUCUUGAAACAGUCAACCUUUGGUACCAUUUUCCUGAGAAAAUUGGGAAAAACAAUCUUGAAGCAGUCAACCUUUGGUACCAUUUUCCUGAGAAAAUUGGGAAGAACAAUCUUGAAGCAGUCAAACCUUGGUACCAUUUCCUGACAAAAGUAGGAAUGACUGUCUUGAAGCAAGUAAACCUUGGUACCAUUCCUGACAAAAGUGAGAUUGGCACACUUAAAGCAGUCGAACCUUUGGUACCAUAACAUUUAUGACAAAAGUGGGAUUGAAACAGUCAAAUCUUGGUACCAUUUCCUAACAAAAGUGGGACUUGCAGUU